AUGUAUGAAACAGCUCCUCUCCCGAGUGCACGAGCAUGCUUUCGGUUUGCGUUGAGAAUAAAAGCGGAGCUGCAUGAUGCACUCACACACUCUCUCUCUCUCUCACACACACACACACACACACUCUCUCUCCUCCUCCAGCAACACGGCGGGUUUCCAUUUACUAAGAUUCUUUCCAGGGAAAGUACCAUGUCUCAUGGCUGGUUCAUCUGUCGCUUUUUAUCUAUUGUGAUUGUGCUGUUCAUCGUCUCAAGUGCCAGAAGAAGUGAAGAUGACGUAAUUGCAAAAUGUCUUCAAGACGAUGACUAUGAUGAACUCAUGAAGAUAAUUAAAGAAGGUCUACCACUCCCGAAGAAACCUCACAAUGUGGCCAUCAUUGGUGCGGGCAUUUCUGGACUUACUGCAGCUAAGAUACUAGAGGAUGCUGGACAUAAGGUUACAAUCAUAGAAGCAAGUAAUACAACAGGUGGAAGAAUUUCGACACACAGGAAUAAAACGGGAGGCUGGUUUGCAGAAUUCGGUGCCAUGAGGAUUCCAAGCUUUCACUGGAUUCUCAGAAAAGUCAUAUCAAAGCUGGGUCUAAAAUUGAACCCAUUUAUUGAAGAAGACAUAAACACUUAUUAUUAUAUAAAUGGCAAUCGGUAUAAAACGUACCAAGUGAUACAGAAUCCUGAUAUUCUAAAGUACCCGUUGAGAGAGGACGAAAAAGGAAAAUCAGCCAGUCAACUUUACGAUGAAUCCUUGUGGAAGGUAAGAGAGUAUAUAAAGGAACAUGGCUGCCAUGCAAUGAUACAGAAGUAUGAUUCAUACUCUCUUAAGGAGUAUUUGGUGGAAGAGGCUAACAUGAGUGUUGGAGCCUUGCGCAUGAUUGGAGACAUUCUUAAUGAGAACAGCUUCUAUUACAAUUCUCUCAUGGAGAGUCUCUACCUGCAGUCUGAUAUAAAUGAUAACACCACAUAUUUUGAAAUCGAUGGUGGCUUUGAUAAGUUACCCUUCAAAUUUUAUGAAAUCCUCACGUCGACGAUCCUCCUCAACUCAAAAGUCAGAGGCAUCAGUCAGACAGAAAGCAAUGUGACCGUGUUUUAUGAAGACAAGCACAAGUCUUCCUUCUUGACCCAUAAAACAUUUGACUACGUCUUGGUGACGGCUACAGCCAAAGCCACCCUCUUUAUCGUCUUCCAGCCCCCCCUGAGUUCUUCGAAGAUGGAGGCCCUGCGCUCAGUGCACUACUCUAGCUCCACCAAGGUCGUGCUGAGGUUCAGCCACAGGUUCUGGGAAGAUGAAAGCAUUUAUGGUGGAAGAAGCAUCACAGAUUUGCCCUCACGCUUUAUCUACUACCCCAGCCACACCUUCACUGGGAACGAAGGAGUUCUGCUGGCCUCCUACACUGUCUCAGAUGAUGCCGCACUCUUCCAAGGAAUGUCUGAUGAUCAGCUGAAGUUUGAGGUGCUGAAUGACUUGAUGAAGAUCCACGGGGUGCAUAUACAGGAUCUCUACAUUGAAGGUGUUGUAAAGAAAUGGGGGUUGGAUCCAUACAGCCUUGGAGCCUUUGCUAUGUUUACCCCCUACCAACAAACUCAGUAUAUUGAUGAUCUGUCCAGAAAUGAGGGCAGGAUUUUUUUUGCUGGGGAACAUACGGAUAUGCCACAUGGCUGGAUUGAGACUUCUAUGAAAUCUGCCAUCAAAGCAGCGAUAAACAUAAACAAUGCUGUAUAACAAAAACACUAACAACAAUACUGUUAUUGUUCAAAUCUAAACACAACUGUUAGUGUUAGUGAAACACUUCACUAACUUACUAAUUAUAACUAAACACUUUUUUUAACAUACGGUUUAUCUACUCUCCUGCGAUGAUCAGAAACCAUCAUAAAAUUGUACUAAGAAUCAACUGUUUUACAGUUUAUGACCAUAAAUGUUAUUUUAAAAAUUUAUAUUAUAAAACUGUUUUUAUAAAGAAUUUUUCUUAAUUUAGGUUACUUUUCUUUUUAGGGUUUUUAGAAAAUACAAAUAAUGAUAAUUAUUCAUAACAAAGAUAUACUGACAAGCUGAUGGUUUCGUGUUGUAUGGGUAGGGGUGCUGGGAUCUACCACAGUGUGCUGAUUAUAUUUUAUUUUAUUUCAUUUUAUUCUAUUAUUAUUAUUAUUAUUAUUAUUAUUAUUGAUUUUUUUAAAUGUUUCAUAUAUGUCGUUUGUUGCAGGUGUGUAAAAUAAUAUAAACUUGAAUAAAUAAUAAAAACUUGAAUAUGGAAUUUUGUA